AUGCCCUUCGCGCAGCUUGUCCUGGGUAGUCCGGGCUCCGGCAAGAGCACCUACUGCGAUGGCAUGCACCAGUUCAUGGGCGCAAUCGGCCGCGCAUGCUCUGUCGUAAACCUCGACCCCGCAAACGAUCACACGAACUACCCAAAGGCCCUCGACAUCCGCGACCUGGUGAAACUGGAGGAUAUCAUGGCUGGUGACAGAUUAGGCCCGAACGGAGGCAUCCUGUACGCUCUGGAGGAGCUGGAACACAACUUUGAGUGGCUUGAGGAAGGACUGAAAGAGCUUGGAGAUGACUACAUUCUGUUCGAUUGCCCGGGUCAGGUCGAGCUCUACACACAUCACAACUCCUUGCGCAACAUUUUCUUCAAGCUGCAGAAGCUCGGAUUCAGACUCGUCGUCGUCCACCUCUCCGACUCAUUCUGCCUCACGCAGCCGUCGCUCUAUAUCUCCAACCUACUCCUGGCCCUCCGCGCCAUGCUCCAGAUGGACAUGCCACACAUCAAUGUCCUGACCAAGAUCGACAAGGUCGCCUCCUAUGACUCCCUGCCGUUCAACCUCGAAUAUUACACCGACGUCGACGACCUCUCAUACCUAAUCCCUUACUUGGAAGAAGAAUCGCCGGUGAUGCGCAACGACAAGUUUGGCCGACUGAACGAGGCAGUCGCAAACAUGAUCGAGAGUUAUGGGCUGGUCCGGUUCGAGGUGCUAGCUGUCGAGGACAAGAAGAGCAUGAUGCAUCUUCUGAGGGUAAUAGACAGGGCCGGAGGGUACGUGUUCGGAGGUGCCGAGGGAGCCAACGAUACCGUGUGGCAGGUGGCCAUGCGCAACGAGUCGUCCAUGAUGGAAAUUGGCGAUAUCCAGGAGCGCUGGAUCGAUCGCAAAGCCGAAUACGAUGAGAUCGAGCGGAAAGCGUGGGAGGAGCAGCAGGCCAAGAUGCAGGGAGAGCAGGAACCUGCGGCUCCCGAGCCAGAUCAGACUAUGGCCGACUAUGACCCAGACUUUGGCGACAUGUCGAUACCGGCAGACAGUGGCGUGAAAGUACUGCGCAAGAAUAAAUGA